UUGUUUUGACUGUUUUGCUUCCACAUUCGUCACAAACGUUUGAUCAGUGCGGACGAUAUUCCCAAAUUUUUAUUUCAAUUCUUAGGAAUUACGAAAAUCAGUUCCUUCGCGAGAAAAUACUAAUAAACUUCAUCCAAAAUGUCGUAUAUGUUAGCACAUUUACACAACGGCUGGCAAGUGGAUCAGGCCAUUCUUUCCGAAGAAGACCGAGUCGUGGUAAUCCGCUUUGGCCACGAUUGGGACCCCACCUGUAUGAAGAUGGACGAAGUGCUGUACAGCAUUGCGGAGAAAGUGAAAAACUUCGCCGUCAUCUAUCUGGUGGACAUUACGGAGGUUCCGGAUUUCAACAAAAUGUACGAACUUUACGAUCCCUGCACGGUGAUGUUUUUCUUCCGGAACAAGCACAUCAUGAUCGAUUUGGGCACCGGUAAUAACAACAAAAUCAACUGGCCCUUGGAGGAUAAGCAGGAGAUGAUCGACAUCAUCGAGACGGUUUACCGGGGGGCUCGCAAAGGUCGGGGUCUGGUCGUGUCCCCGAAGGAUUACUCCACGAAAUAUAGAUACUAGAAGUUUUGCGGAAAUUCAAUUUCGAUCUGGCUGUAUCUAUAUUUGUGGAUGGUCAGAAUUAUCAUUAAGUAGGUUCAAUCAAUAUACAAUAAUUUAAGAUUGUCGGAUUCUAACGUGUGACAAAUGUGAAAUGGAAUGUUCGCAAUAAAAUCUGAUUUAUGUUGCGAUAA